GACUUGUAUUUUUUAUUCUAUGUUCUGUGGUUCAUAAAAAAUCAACUUGAUGCCGGUUUUAUGAAAUUUUUAUUGAAAAAAUGUUUAUUUGGAUUUCUUAAAGGACUUCUAAUGACUUUCCACAAUAUCAUUUGCAAAAAUAGUUAUAUGGCAGUUUAAUUUUAGUGUUUGUUACAACUAUAAACAGUAUGGAAUCUUCAGUACCACCUCAAGGAUUUGUUCCUCCUCCUGGAAUAGGUACACCACCUUUAAUGCCUCAGGUAUCGUUACCUGGCAUGCCUAGUUUUCCCCCCAUUAUUCCCCCGUUUAGCGUUCCCCCUCCUGGUUUCGGUGCUAUGCCUACUGGUGUAGGGGGAUCUCAAGGGGAAUGGACAGAACACAAAGCACCCGAUGGUAGAACUUACUAUUACAACUCAGCAACGAAACAGAGCUCUUGGCAAAAACCUGACUGUCUCAAAACUCCCGGCGAACUUCUGUUAUCUCAGUGUCCUUGGAAAGAGUAUACUGCAGAUAAUGGUAAAAUAUAUUACCAUAAUGUCACUACGAAAGAAUCAAGAUGGGUUAUACCACCGGAACUGGAAGAGAUAAAGAAAAAACUUCUAUUAGAAGAGUCUAAACCAAAACCCAUUUCUGUUACACCUAGUGAAGUUGCAAGUCCAUUGGCAUCACUGUCAGGUGGGAACUCUCCUAGUCGUUCAAAUACAGAUAGUCCAGGGAAUAAGAGUAGUGCAUUAGAUGCCGCUAUGGCAGCUACAUUGGCCGCAAUUUCAAUACCAACACCACCACCUAGACCAGAGGAUAAUUCUAAAGCAACCAUUCACGAAUCGAAAGAGUCUAAAAUACCAAUCCCAGAGCCGCGAGUAUUCAAAGAUAAAAAAGAGGCGAUGGAGGCAUUCAAGGAUUUACUUAAAGAGAAAAACAUUCCUUCCAACGCCUCCUGGGAUCAGUGCGUCAAGAUAAUAUCUAGCGAUCCUAGAUACCAGUCUUUUAAAAAGUUAAACGAAAAAAAGCAGGUUUUUAAUGCUUAUAAAACGCAGAAACAAAAAGAUGAGAAGGAAGAACAAAGAAUCAAGGCUAAAAGAUCUAAGGAGCAAUUAGAAGAAUUUUUAACCAAUUCGGACAAAAUGGCUUCCACUGUAAAGUAUUAUAAGUGCGACGAAAUGUUUGGACAUCUAGAAAUAUGGCAGAACGUUGGAGACUCUGACCGUAGAGAUAUUUACGACGAUGUAGUUUUUGCACUAGCCAAACGUGAAAAAGAAGAAGCAAAAACAUUGAAAAAGCGAAACAUGAAGAAAUUAUCUGAGGUUCUAGACAGCAUGACAAAAAUCAAUUACGACACCACUUGGAGCGAAGCGCAAGUUAUGUUAUUGGACAAUAAUGCAUUUAAAAAUGAUGUCAAUCUACUAGCGAUGGACAAGGAGGACGCCUUGAUUGUUUUUGAAGAACAUAUAAGGGUCCUGGAGAAAGAAUAUUUCGAAGAAAGGGAGAGAGAAAAGCGAAGACAUAAACGCCAGUACAGGAAGAAUAGGGAUCAAUUUUUGGCUUUAUUGGAUCACUUGCACGAGGAAGGAAAGCUAACCUCAAUGUCGCUGUGGGUAGAACUAUAUCCGAUUAUAUCUGCUGAUAUUCGAUUUUCAGCAAUGUUAGGUCAGUCUGGAUCAACACCCUUAGAUUUAUUCAAAUUUUACGUAGAAGAUUUGAAAUCGCGAUUCCACGAUGAAAAGAAGAUAAUCAAGGAAAUUUUAAGAGAAAAAGAAUUUGAAGUAAAAGCCUCCACCACUUUUGAUCAGUUUGCAACCGUUAUUUGCGAGGAUAAACGAAGUGCUUCUCUAGAUGCAGGCAAUGUGAAAUUGACUUACAAUUCAUUACUAGAAAAAGCUGAAAUACGAGAAAAAGAGAGAAUCAAGGAGGAAUCAAAACGAAUGAAGAAAUUAGAGGCUGGCAUGAAAAACCUGCUCAAAGAUUUGAACGUGGAUUUCGAACAACCUUGGGAAACAAUUAAACAGAAAAUUGAGAACGAGGAGGAAUAUUUGGCUAUUGAAAGUGAGGUUGAAAAGCAAAGAAUAUACAAGGAAUUUCAACACGAGAUGGAAGAAAGUUGUUCCCAUCAUCACUCGCGCUCAAAAAAAUCGAAAAAGAAGAAAAACAAAAAAUACCGAUCGACCAGCUCUAGCGAUUCUGAAGCGGAGAAAGAAAAAUACAAAAAAUCGAAACACAAAGCUAAAAGUGCCACGCCCGAAUCGCAGGACAGCGAGCAGGAGUACGUCAGCAGUAAAAAGAAGAAAUCGAAGAAGAAGCAUAAGAAGAGGAGUCGAUCUAGUACUCCUUCUGAAAAGUACCGCCAGCCAGACAACGAUGCACGAGGUGGCGAAAUAAGUGAGGGUGAAUUGGAAAAACAGCGUGCGUUAUUACUGGCUAAACUUAAAGACGAGAGUGACUAAAAACUGUUUAAAAAAAGAGUAUUAGAAAGUACGUACAUAUAGAGAAAUAUUAAGGUUUUUUUUAAUACUGCCUGUAUACUCAUGUACAAGUUUCUUUACAUUAUUUUUCAAAAUAUAUAAGGUAUAUCUACAUGG